AUGACACCGCCGACGGGACCAGAGACCGAGAAGAGGGUUUCGAGAGCCUGCGUGAGCUGCAGAUCUCGUAAGACCCGAUGUGACCUUGGCGUGCCUGGAGACCCUCCGUGUCGGCGAUGCAUCGAGAAGAAUCAAGAAUGUAUCCUCGCUACAUCUCGACGCGGUGGUCGUCGUAUCAAGGGCCAGCGCCUCGGUUACUCUAGAUCAACAAAUGAUUCCCAUCAGGCAUCGCCAAGCAGACCAAUCAACCGAAUGAAUUCAGUGCCAGCACAAGGUCAAGAACCCCGUGAACCAGACCAACACAGUGAAUGGCUGUCAUCAAAUCUUGGGUCACCUCUAGACCAGCAGUCCGAGGAUGAUGAAGAGCCUACAGGUGAUGCGGUGCGACUCAAGGGUCACUUCACAUCGUCAGAUCUUUUGAACCCGUCUGAUGCAUUGGAUUUGCUGGCUCAUGUGGCUGAUAUGGAACCUGAGGGACAUGCACAAACACAAGAUACUGAAGGUGAUCCCGAAAGCUCUACAAGAAUGGCAAACAUAUCCCAGGGUGUUUGUGACUAUCCACCUGUUACUUCUGGAGCAUUGACCCUUUCUGAGGCAUCCUUUCUCAUCGAACACUACCAUGACAACUUUCACAUCUUCUUCCCUAUUGCCUACAGCGCAGCCUUCGACUCCAGCCGUAUCCUAGAACUCAUCGAACACGAACCAUAUCUCAUCACAGCAAUCCUCUGCGUUGCCACAAAAGAUGAUCCCUCUUGGUCCAGGGCUCAUAAUGCCUGUGCGAGACACAUGGAGACUCAAAUCUCCAAGCUAAUAUACACCGGAUCCACUACCGUCGGUGCAGUCGAAGCAUUAUUGAUACUCGCCGAGUGGGCACCUCAGCCACUGGAGGAGAACCUCAUGAUCGGGUGCGGCAAGGAGGACCAGGGAUCGUGGAUGCUUGUUGGUGUUGCUAUUCGUCUUGCAUACCUUCAGAACCUUGAGCAGACUGGUCUUGUGCAGAGAGUUGAAGGGGCGCCGGAUUACCUCAGUAGAAAAAGGAUAGCUUGGGCCGCUUGCUAUAUGAGCGAUCGUCAAAUUUCAAUACGUCUUGGAAAAGGCUUCUGGUCUCGUGGCCCAGGUCCAUCCGUGAACCUUCGGGCUGCCGACUUUCCAUAUCUCCAAACACAAAAGCUGGGCAACGAUAACCUUGCUCUGCUUUUUCAAGCACAUCUUGAAAUUACCCAGUUGUUCAGUAACGCACAUGAUAUUUUAUACUCGUCAACAAGUCAUAGAGAGCAGCUAUACAUAGGAGGAGAGUAUGUGAGAUACAUUGAUGACUUCUCCUCAGUCCUCCGGAGAUGGAAGCUCUCUUGGGGUGGCCUCAGCUUUAUUCCCCGCGUCAAAGCAUCUCUCAUGCUCUCAUAUGAUUUUUUUCGCCUAUAUAUCAACGCAUUUGCUUUUCAGGCAAACUUAAAUCGUAUUGUCCGACGAUCAAAGAAGAGACCAUCGGGUCCUUUAUUUUCGGAACUAGCCGCUGCCCCAGAUGCGAGGUUCAUUUACGAGUCUAUCGACGCAGCAAAUUCUAUCUUAUGUACUCUCAACAGUUUCAUAGACCCCACUGAAGCGUUCAAGUAUAUGCCGCUCAAGUUUUAUCUUUAUGUUAUAUAUGCAGCAGUAUUUCUGUUCAAGGCCAUUUUUGCCGGAGCUAUCAAACCGUCAGAAGCACGAGGCGUGCGCCGUGCCAUCUAUGAAACUAUUUCUCGUCUACAGAAAACUUCGAAUAAUCAACAGGGUCUCGGUCAGCGCUACGCUAGGUCUCUUAGACUUUUGUGGCUGAAGAUGCUCGGAAAGUCAAGAUCACGAAACUCCGAAGUAGAAGGACGAUCAGACUCUUUGGCUUUGGCCAGCCAUGGAGCUUUACAGUCACAAGCUGAAUCAAGCGAAGGGCAUAUGAACUCUGAUCCAUUUAACAGCUUCUCGUGGAAAGAUCUUCAUUCUUUGGGCGAGUUUAUAUCAAAUGAUGGGACCUCACUUUUCAAUGAUAAUUUCAUCAUAAGUCCAGAACAGGACUCGGUACAAGGGGCUGAAGGGCCUGAGCAUUUCAGCGGGAACUUUUAUUCUGGCUCCUUGGGUGAGCUCGAUAUAAUAUUCUAA